AUGAGUCAUUUGUUGGGAACAGAGAUCGCUAACAUGCUCCUCUUCAUUUUAUCUAUAGCAGUCGGUAGUCAGAUAGCUGCAUAUUCUAUUGCUGCACCUUUACAGACAGAGAAGUUUUUUGAUCUUGUCGGGUGCGGCACAUAUUCAAUAUGUGCAAUUAUAUCUUUACUAAAACCAUGGAACUUACCAUUUCCUGAUGAUUUUCAAUCAAUUUUACGACGUUAUCAUCCUCGUCAACUACUUGCUACUGGAAUGAUGAUAAUUUGGUCAACUCGAUUAGCAACCUUCUUAUUUAUUCGCGUAUUAAGGGCAGGACGUGAUUCAAGAUUUGAUAAAGUUAAAAAGAUACCUAUGAUAUUUAUGAUAUAUUGGUUACUUCAAGCCACAUGGAUUUUUAUAACGGGAUUGGGUGUUUAUUCCAUAAAUGCUUUACCUAAAGAAGUUCAAUCCGACCUAAGUUUGCUUGAUCAUAUUGGGGCAGCGAUUUGGCUUUUUGGAUUAACAUUGGAGGUUAUCGCGGAUUAUCAAAAGACCGAAUUUAAAAACAAUCCAGGAAAUAAAGAAAAGUUUAUACAAUCUGGAUUGUGGAGUCUAAGUCGACAUCCAAAUUACUUUGGUGAAAUUAUCUUGACCAAUCCCGAAAUUGUUCGUCCGUUAUAUGCUUAUCUUGUUUGGUUAUCUCCUAUAUUCACAACUUUCUUGAUUACAAAAUUAUCUGGUAUCCCAAUCCUUGAGAAAGAUAGUGAUAAAAAAUUUGGAAGACUUAAAGAAUAUCAAUUAUAUAAAGAAAGAACAAAUGUUUUAUUCCCUUGGUUUCCAAAAAACAAAGAAGAUAAUUGGACUAAUUUUCGAGAAUGUUUAAAACGAAAAGGAUUUCCAAAAACGAAUUUGACUUUAGCUGAGUUUCAAGAUACGGGAAGAGGAAUGAUGGCAACGAGAAAUAUUAGUGCUGGUGAAAUUAUAAUAUCUGUUCCGAAAAAGUUUUUAUUAACUCAUGAUAGCUUGAGAGAUCAAUAUUCUCGGCACCCAAUGAAGUUCUCCGCACACCAGUUUAUAGCCUUAUAUUUAAUUUUGGAAUAUAAGAAAGGAACACAAAGUAAUAUUUAUCCGUAUAUCGAUAUGUUGCCAAAGGAUUUUGACAAUAUGCCACUAACUUACGGCAAAGAAAUUUUCGAUUUAUUGCCAUAUAAUGUCAAAGUGGACGUGGAAUCUCAAAGAGCGAAGUUUGAACGUGAUUAUACAGGCAUCAAAAAAUUCCUUGAUGGUAAACCAGAUGUUCAGUCAAAGAUUUCACGCGAAGAUUAUUUAUGGGGUUGGCUUUGUGUUAAUACACGAUGUAUUUACCUCGAAACAAAGAGUUCGUAUGAUGUAAAAGAUCAUAUUGCAAUUGCUCCUUUUUUAGAUUUUUUAAAUCAUUCACAUGAGUCAAAGAUCAAGGGCGAAUUUAAUCAUAUGACACAGUGUUAUGAAAUCACCACUUUGACCCCUUAUAAAAAGGGAAAUCAGGUUUUUAUUAACUAUGGACCUCAUGACAAUUUUUUUAUAUUAAUGGAAUAUGGUUUUGUUAUUCCAAAUAAUCCUUAUAAUUAUGUAUCGCUUGACAAAGAAUUCUUUGAAAUUUCUUUUCCUGGAGAGUCGGAACUUAUCAGACAAGAAAAACUUGAUUUGUUAUUUCAUAAUGGCUUUUACGGUGAUUAUUGUUUACGCAUAUCUGAGAUUUCAUUUAGAUUAUUGACAGCUUUGCGUUUGCGUGUCUUACAACGAUUUGAUGACUCGGUAUUAGAAACGCAAGGCAUUGUACGAAAAUGGAAAAACACUAUUACAGGAUUAACGGAGAUUAUUAAUCCGGAAAAUGAAAGAUUAAUGUAUUUUUAUCUUAAAUUAAUAUGUGAGAAUUCUUUGUUAAAAUCUGAAACUGCUUUGGAGGCUUUGAAAGUAUUUGAAGGGACAAAUGUUUCUUUGUCACACACCAAACUACUUUGGUUAGAAUCAAUUACCAUUUUGCGUUCCGUGAUCAGUAUUAUACAAGAUUUUCAACAGGAAAUCUUUAUGUAG